AUGCAGGAGGUCGCUAUGCAGGAGGCAUACGAUGCGGGAGGCCUACGAUGCGGGAGGCCUACGAUGCGGGAGGCCUACGAUGCGGGAGGCCUACGAUGCGGGAGGCCUACGAUGCGGGAGGCCUACGAUGCGGGAGGCCUACGAUGCGGGAGGCCUACGAUGCGGGAGGCCUACGAUGCGGGAGGCCUACGAUGCGGGAGGCCUACGAUGCGGGAAGCUCGAAAUGUGGAACGCCCACCAUGCGGAACGCAUGCAGUAAGCAAUGAAAGGUGGAGAAUCGUAAUUUCCGGAUCUGGGGACACCAUCGAAAGAUGA